CAUCCUACAUUGCGGAAUCCAUCGCCGGCCACACGCCCCUUCGUACGCCAAAUUGUUUCGCUAGACCAACUGACAGUCCGAUCUCCUAGCAGAAGACCUCAUUGCCGUUUCACUGAGGUAAACAAACAGGCCGCAACGUCCCUCGCAACCUGUCACCCUAGUCAAGAACCCGAACAAUCAUGCGUUAUUUUCACGAAUAGAGCCCCCACAACGGCUUCUUGCGCCUUCACUGUCAGUUCACAAACUUUGUUCAUACCCACAUUGCCAGCGAUUGCUCCAUCCUGUCAGGCUUGCCGCAAGCCUCGACCUGCGCGCCCAAUCAAUCAGUCAAGACUUGCGACCUAGAAAUCUCUCGCACGUCAAAUCCUCACAUUCCGUAGCUUUUCAUGGCGAUCCGAAGCCGCCGAUUUAUUCUACCUGCCACCGUCCCCAAUCGCUGUCUUGCGCCGCCCUUUCCGCACGCCCCGCCGCUGCCGCCCUCGUUUAUGUUGCCGCCGCCGUUGACAGAAAGACAGCCCACAGAAGUCGACGAACCUCAAUGUUUGAAAUGACACCCGGCCACGUACCUCACACUCCCAUUCGC